AUGGCUGUCAAAGUUGGAAUCAACGGUUUCGGUCGUAUCGGCCGCAUUGUCUUGCGUGCAUCUCUUUUGAAAAAGGAUAGCAACACCCAAGUAGUUGCUGUGAAUGAUCCCUUCAUCCCACUCGACUAUAUGGUGUACAUGUUGAAGUAUGAUACAGUCCACGGCAAAUUCCCUGGUACUGUUGAAGCCAAGAAUGGAAAGCUUGUGGUGAACGGCCAUGCUAUUUCGGUGCACAAUGAGAAGGAGCCCUCUGAUAUCCCAUGGGGCAAGGAUGGUGCCGAGUACAUUGUUGAAAGCACAGGUGUCUUUACAACCACCGAGAAGGCUGAAGCCCAUUUGAAGGGAGGUGCCAAGCGUGUGAUCAUUAGUGCUCCUUCCAAGGAUGCUCCCAUGUUUGUGUGUGGUGUCAACUUGGAUGCCUACAAGCCUGAAUACAAGGUCAUCUCCAACGCUUCGUGUACCACAAACUGCCUUGCUCCCUUGGCCAAAGCCAUCCACGAUGAGUUUGGUAUCACUGAAGCUCUCAUGAGCACUAUUCAUGCUACCACUGCUACCCAAAAGACUGUCGAUGGUCCUUCCCACAAGGAUUGGCGUUCGGGUCGUGGUAACAACCCCAACAUCAUUCCUGCUAGCACUGGUGCAGCUAAAGCUGUCGGCAAGGUCAUCCCAGAUCUCAAUGGCAAGCUCACUGGUAUGGCAUUCCGUGUGCCUGUCCCCGAUGUCUCUGUUGUUGAUUUGACAGCACGUCUCUCAAAGCCUGCUAGCUAUGAUCAAAUCAAGGCUGCUCUCAAGAAGGCGUCUGAAGGAUCUCUCAAGGGUAUCCUUGGAUACACCGAGGAUAUGGUUGUCUCGAGCGAUUUCAUUGGUGACGAUCGCUCAAGCAUCUUUGAUGCUGAAGCUGGUAUUGCUUUGAAUGACAACUUUGUCAAGCUUGUCAGCUGGUACGAUAACGAAUUCGGAUACUCAUGCCGUGUCGUUGAUCUCGUUGCUUACGUUGCCAAGAAGGAUGGUGCCGCAUAA